CAGAAAUACCAAAAGCUGCCACGGCUGAUUGUCACAGCUUCUGUAUGCAAGAUACUUGGAGUUAACAUGUACCGACCGAUGCGAAAUAGCAACAAUGCAUGCAUCAACAGGCUACCAAGGGUUGGCCCUCCACGUCCUUGUAGGGAGCAUGGCAUUGCAUUAUUGUUCUUAUUACCAAGUGCUCUGCGUACUGCGUAGGAGAGAACAACGCCUAUGAUUAUAGCCGACGCAGUAACCAGGCUGACUACAGGACAAUCGCCGUCAAGGCUCAGCAUCUCCCACGCGACGGCCGGAAGAACCAUAUCCACCAAACCCACGCUACUGCACCCUUUUGGCGAACCUUUGACCCGAAAGAUGGAUCGCUUAAAAUAAGGACGAAGGCCAGAGGGGGAGAGUGUGCCAGCCUCGAGUCCACCCGUCAGGCCAAUGCUCAAACACCCUUGUCUGUGCAAGUACAAUAGGCAGCUCACCGAUGGGCCCCCCGAAGCCUUCCAGGCGUUUGCCCCUCCCGGCCACUGGCACGUUCCUCAUCUCCUCCAUCCCGGUCAACUCGUCACUUCCGCAGCUGGUGUACGGAGUACGAGUAUGCCCUUUACGAGGACGACUACUGUGCCCCUCCUUCCAGUCUGCCGAAUAGACGAUCGGUGCCUUUCGUAUACCCUGCACACUUCAACAGGUUCCAUGCGCCUUUGCUGGCUCAUUCGCACUGUCGGAAGGAACAGAUCCAUCGGUAAUUCGCCACCAUUCCAAUGCACCCGAACUCGAGUUUCGACGAUCGAGUCGAAGGUGGAAACCUAAACUCUCGUUGCUUUCUGACAGACACUAUGGCUCCAGCGACCUAAGCAAUAGAAUGUUGCCAUGCUACGGUACUAUGUACGCAAUAUCCCGAGGCAUGGAGGCUGCGAUGCCAUCACUGGCCGUGCAGGAGGUCCUAGCCCGCUCAUGGGUGUCCACAGGCGCCAUGUCGAUACUCGACCGGUGGUGCUCCGAAUGUGGUCCAUUCCCUGCGGACGGGGCGCAUCGGCCAACGAGAAAGGAAGAAAAGGGUCGUAGAAGAGCAGAUCCAGGGUAUAAUCCGUCUAUUGGGCCGUUUUUGAGUGGCUGUCUUAAGGGUGAAACUCGAUCUGAAGCCGCUGGUGGGAAUAUUCUCUCCUCCCUGGCCUUCUCGGCAUUACCUUGUUCGUCCAGAGGGGCCUCGCGGGGCGUGGUGAGCCUGGUGCGUCUGUGAGGCAUGGGCUUUCGAGAGAGAUCGUCUCCCAACUGCUGUGAUUGUACCGUCUGCUAUUAUUGCUGCGGAUUCUCCAUUGCUCCAUCUGCUGGGGAAUGGGAGAGGUGUCGUGUGCGUGUCUGUGUGCUUGUUGGGUCCGUAGCUCAAGAUUUGUAGACAUACACUUGUCGGGACAAGGCGUGGGAGUCACAGUUACCCUACCUAGGUAUGGUACUCUGUAGGUGCACGUAGGCAUCAAUCCCCUUCUUCCACCCGGAGUACGUCAGGCUUCUAACCCGGGCACUGGAUUAAAGGCAGAGGUAUCUAUGUAUCUGUCCGAGUAAUGGCGAAACCUCCGAUCUC